GAGGAGGGAGCGGCGCCGAGACGGAAGAGACCCCGGAGAUAAAGCCCGGGGAGGGGGCGGGCCGAGGAGGAGGCCGGGAGGGAAGAGCGCGGCGGGCGCGGAGGAGGGAAGUGAGUUUGUGCGCGCGAGCGCGAGUGUGCAGGGCGAGUGUGCAGGGCGGGCGUGCAGGGCGGGCGUGCAGGGCGGGGGCCCGGUCCCUCCCUGCGCGCUCCCUCCUCUCCCGCCGCCGACUCGGGCCCGGCGCGGGCGGCAGCAUGCUGAGCCUCCUCGUCUGGAUCCUCGCCCUCUCCGACACUUUCUCCCAAGGGACUCAGACCCGCUUCAGCCAGGAGCCAGCUGACCAGACUGUGGUGGCCGGACAGCGGGCCGUGCUCCCUUGCGUGCUCCUCAACUAUUCUGGCAUUGUGCAAUGGACCAAGGACGGGCUGGCCCUGGGCAUGGGACAGGGCCUCAAAGCCUGGCCACGAUACAGGGUCGUGGGCUCUGCGGAUGCUGGGCAGUACAACCUGGAGAUCACAGACGCCGAACUCUCUGACGACGCUUCUUACGAGUGCCAGGCCACGGAAGCUGCCCUGCGCUCCCGGAGGGCCAAACUCACCGUGCUCAUUCCCCCAGAGGACACCAGGAUUGACGGUGGCCCCGUGAUCCUGCUGCAGGCGGGCACCCCCCACAACCUUACCUGCCGGGCCUUCAACGCCAAGCCCGCCGCCACCAUCAUCUGGUUCCGGGACGGGACCCAGCAGGAGGGCGCGGUGGCCAGCACGGAACUGCUGAAGGAUGGGAAGAGGGAGACCACCAUUAGCCAGCUGCUCAUUAACCCCACAGACCUGGAUAUCGGGCGCGUCUUCACGUGCCGCAGCAUGAACGAGGCCAUCCCUAGUGGCAAGGAGACUUCCAUUGAGCUGGAUGUGCACCAUCCUCCUACCGUGACCCUGUCCAUCGAGCCUCAGACAGUGCAGGAGGGCGAGCGUGUGGUCUUCACGUGCCAGGCCACGGCCAACCCUGAGAUCCUGGGCUACAGAUGGGCCAAGGGGGGCUUCUUGAUUGAAGAUGCCCACGAGAGUCGCUACGAGACAAAUGUCGACUACUCCUUCUUCACGGAGCCUGUAUCUUGUGAGGUCCACAACAAAGUGGGGAGCACCAAUGUCAGCACUUUAGUGAACGUCCACUUUGCCCCUCGGAUUGUAGUGGACCCCAAGCCCACGACCACAGACAUUGGCUCUGAUGUGACCCUCACAUGUGUCUGGGUUGGGAAUCCCCCCCUCACCCUUACCUGGACCAAGAAGGACUCAAACAUGGGGUCCCGACCUCCUGGCUCCCCACCCGAGGCUGCUCUCUCUGCCCAGGUCCUGAGUAACAGCAACCAGCUGCUGCUGAAGUCGGUGACCCAGGCAGAUGCUGGCACCUACACUUGCCGGGCCAUUGUGCCUCGCAUCGGAGUGGCCGAGCGGGAGGUGCCGCUCUACGUGAACGGGCCCCCCAUUAUCUCCAGUGAAGCGGUGCAGUACGCCGUGCGGGGUGACGGUGGCAAGGUGGAAUGCUUCAUUGGGAGCACGCCACCUCCAGACCGCAUCGCCUGGGCGUGGAAGGAGAACUUCCUGGAGGUGGGGACUCUGGAACGCUACACAGUGGAGAGGACCAACUCCGGCAGCGGGGUGCUAUCCACACUCACCAUCAACAACGUCAUGGAGGCUGACUUCCAGACCCACUACAACUGCACCGCCUGGAACAGCUUCGGGCCCGGCACUGCCAUCAUCCAGCUCGUAGAGCGAGAGGUGCUACCUGUGGGCAUCAUUGCUGGGGCCACCAUCGGUGCAGGCAUCCUGCUCAUCUUCUUCUUCAUCGCCUUGGUCUUCUUCCUCUACCGUCGCCGCAAAGGCAGCCGCAAGGAUGUAACCCUGAGGAAGCUGGAUAUCAAGGUGGAGACCGUGAACCGAGAGCCACUCACGAUGCAUUCUGACCGGGAGGAUGAUACGGCCAGCGUCUCUACAGCAACCCGAGUCAUGAAGGCCAUCUACUCGUCCUUUAAGGAUGAUGUGGAUCUGAAGCAGGACUUGCGCUGUGACACCAUUGACACCCGGGAGGAAUACGAGAUGAAGGACCCUACUAAUGGCUACUACAAUGUGCGUGCCCACGAAGACCGCCCAUCCUCCAGGGCAGUGCUGUAUGCUGACUACCGAGCCCCUGGCCCUGCCCGCUUCGAUGGUCGCCCCUCAUCCCGUCUGUCCCACUCCAGUGGCUACGCUCAGCUCAACACUUACAGCCGGGCCCCUGCCUCUGACUACGGCCCUGAGCCCGCACCCCCUGGCCCAGCUGCCCCAGCCGGCACCGACACCACCAGCCAGCUGUCCUAUGAGAACUAUGAGAAGUUCAACUCCCAUCCCUUUCCUGGGGCAGCUGGGUACCCCACCUAUCGACUGGGCUACCCCCAGGCUCCCCCCUCAGGCCUGGAGCGGACCCCAUAUGAGGCGUACGACCCCAUUGGCAAGUACGCCACAGCCACACGGUUCUCCUACACCUCCCAGCACUCGGACUACGGCCAGCGGUUCCAGCAGCGCAUGCAGACUCAUGUGUAGGGGCCAGAGACUGCUGGGGUCUCUGCGGGGCAGAGGAGAAGGCUUUCACAGCUGUUCCCUGAUAUUCAGGGGCAUUGCUCCUUGCUCCCUUCCCUGACCAGCCUUCCUCCUCUGGCCACGACAGGUGUGGAGCAGGUCUCCCAGAAACACCCCAUCCCGAGGAUGGUGCUUUGUGCAUGCCCCAGCUUCCCGGGCCUGCCCUUCCCUCUUCUUCGGGAGGCGGUGUCUCUUCCGACCUGUGCUCUUGCCUGACCCCAGCAUGGGAACAGGGAAAAUGAAGGUUGGGGAGAGCAGAGGGGGCACUUUUUAGCAUUCCCUUUCUACCCCACCCCUCUGGUCUCCCGGAAGUGGGCAGAGGAGCAUGCAGGGGUGGGCAGGCUUUGGCACAGACAGGUAGAAAGCAGGACAGCUCAGCCAGUCCCUUCCUCUGUUGUCUGCAUUCACACUCUGAGUGCAUCAUUCCUUCUGCAGAAGACUGCAGAAGAAGGGACCUUGGAUUUGGUUUAACUCUUGUCUACAGAACUGCCCUGGUACUAAGUUCAGCUGGGGUCAAAAUGCUAGUCACUCUGGUACCACUGUGGACAUCUGUCUGUCCAGAGGGAUCCAGAAAUCACCAGUAACACUGCCCUCUUUGCUCCUCUAAGCUGGGCCAGCCAAAUAAGCCAGGGUUGUGGUGGUGUAGGACCAUGCCCUGAGGGACCCUCAGACCACUGUGUGCUGCGUGGCAGCUCCCAGAACCAACACUAGAGGGAGCCACUCAAGCACCCUUCUCUCCCUAAUAUACCCUACUUCCUGGCUUUAAUUCUUGAGCCAACUGAGGGAGUGGUAGUUGGGGCAGAUAGGCUGUUUUCUUAAAGGCAACAAAAACAAUGAAAACCUCACUUGGAAAGAAAAGCUGUAGGGGUUCCCCUACCCAAGUACAAGUCCCAGUGGAAAAGAAAGGGGCCACUUGUUCUUCUCCACCAGGUUCCUGUCAUCCUCCAUGACCCUUGUGUCUAAGCACUUUGAAUCCGUUGUAUACAUUCAGGUGGUGAGACCUGUGGCGCGGGCAGGUGGGCUCCAUGGGGGUGGGAGGUGCUGCUGUCUUACCUUAGGCUCACUGGCUCGUCAGAGCCCACCUUCCAGAAGGCCUGGGCCUGUCUCUCCAGACAGGUUUUGGUUUAAGUGUCUUUUUCUUUUUGGACCAAUCAUAUUUCUUCCACUUCCAGUGCCUUCAGUGUCAAGCUUUGGAUGACCGUCCCUGUGGGCGGUCGCAUGGGGAGCGAGUACUUGUGAGCUUCAGACAGGCUGCCAAGUGUUACAGUGUUGAAGGAGAGACAGGGCAGAGGGCUGGGAAUGUCCCUGACAGAGAAGGUGGCUGGAAGGGCACUGCGGGCAUUCCACGCCUGUGCUUCCUUGUCCCACACCCAUGUGCACAUGCGCCAUACACAUUCCAGCCGUCACUUCCCAGCCGCCACCUUCUGACCAAAGAGAGCAGGCACUCCAAAGAGAACCUGUGCCCCUACCCUGGCCUCACCUUCCCCAAGAAGCCACUUCUGGAGUUGGCUCUUCACCUCCUCAUGGCUGCCAGUCCAAGGGGAGGGGGCCUCCAGUGCAAUUCCCAGAAUGCUCGUUGCCCUUUCUUGGUGGUCACCAUUCAUUAGUCAUGCUCGCUUUAAUGAGUUACAUGCUCAUCAGCCACGGGCCAUCACCACCCUUACAGAUGGGUCUGUGGAGUGACAUUUCUUAGCCAUCCCCUGGCUAGUAAGGACCAGACAAUACCCAGGAAGCACACAGCUCCACCUCCAGCCUGGCAGGCAGCCAUCCCCUCCCCUCCAUCAUCAGUGGGACAGUGCCCGCAGUGGGCCCCACCUGGGCCUUUACACUGCUCCGGCUGUAUUCAAUCCCUGGGGAAUCAUACAUCCCUGCAGAGUCCUUGCAGUAGAGCUCAGCGACAAGGUCUGUUAGAGAAUACAGGUUCCUGUGCACAUAUUCUCAAGCCAACUUUUAUUCCUCAUGGACUCCAGAAGCCAUGGGUAAUCCAAGUACUUUCAAUAUGGUGGCUUUUUAAACAAAUAUCCGACAGAACACUCGUUUUUGUGUGUUGGGUCUGGCCAGAUUCUCUUACUUUCCUCUGGUUAGUUGAAGUAGUUGGUCUCUUCUGUUGAAAGGAUGGAGAGGAGGCACCAGCAUCAGUAGGAAACUCAGCUAGUACCUAGCACCGUGGGAGAAUCCCUGAGAAGUCUGAUAGAGAGCUGCCACUCUGUUCUCUGUUCCUCUUCACUUGCCCUGGGGCCUUCUGGGUAUCUACACCAAGCAAGGCCCAGGGAAAUAGCAGCAACCAGGCUAGACUCUGCCCUCUGCAAAUUACACACUGCACAGUCAGAAGCGGAGGUGGGACCUGUCUGUGUGGUGAGUUCAAGGUGCCCUUGAUCACAGCUCUGCUGUCAGGCUGGUGUCCUCCAGCACAGUGGUACCCCGGUACUUGGUGACCUGAUCACCUCUGGCAGUGCUUUCUUAGUGGAAAAAAAAUGAGGCUAAGGGUCUGUUCUGAAGCUGCUAUUUACUGAGUGACCUGGGCCUAACCUCUGUGUUCACUGCCUCUAAUUUUCUGACCUGCAACUUAAGGGGAAAGGCUUGCACAAUCCUAGAACUAUUGUUUUUAAUGUGUUCAUUUGAGGAGGUGUGGUAGAGGGCUGCCCUUCUCUGCCGAGGAGUCUGGAACAGUCAGUAAGAAGGGUGUGGGCUGGGAGCUGAGAGGUUCUCUUCCAUGGGAAGAAGCUUUCUCUACAGGAUCCACUGUCCUAUCAGAAGUGUUGUGAGUUCGUUUCCACCAGCAGCCCCUUUAUUACAAACAGCUGCUUUCAACCUGGGUGUCUGUGCUGCUCCUCGCUCAGUUCUGAUAGGUUUGCAAAGAUGUCUGUGCCAGAGCAGGGCACCUGCUACGGGGGAAGUGGAAGUAACCACCGGCUCCUCAUUUGGGGACCUCAGAACCUUCCCCUGACCAAGGAACAACACCCCGCUCAGCCUGCAAGGCGAAGCCAGUGAUCCAAAGAAUCUUGAGUCGGAAGCGAGGGAGCACAUUGGAUGUGCAGCUGGUGGAGGGCUAGAAGGAUACAGUGGUUCUGACGCAAGCUCUGGAUCUUCAAGGGAUUCAUGUGAGUGGGUGAGCCGUGACCUCUCUGCUUGUGGAGGGGCCUCCUACACCCUAAGUUCUAGGUCCCUCAAAAAUCCAACCAGAGCCAGGUGUGGUGGUGCACUCCUGUAAUCCCAGCACACGGGAGGCUGAGGCAGGAGGAUCCUUGCAAGUUC